AUGAAUGGCAAAAAGUAUGAAGAAGGCGAGCGAUUUAAACAGAAUCAUCUGAAUUAUGAAUGCGAAAAUGGUCUCGUCAAUAUUAUUGGAUGUUACAUAAACGAACAGCGUGACUUACCAAUCGGGGAAGAUGUUGUUGAAAAAGCGAUGGUUUAUCGAUGUUAUAAACGCAGCGGUGUUGUGUAUUACGAGGAGUAUGCUUGCGGCUCGCCGGGUAAUCGUUCCUGCGAACUGAAACCGAUUCCGGCUUCAAUUGAUGAUCGGGAAAUACUUCCAGAAGAACUGAAGAGACCCGGAUUUAAAUCGCUGAGUAUUGCACAG